AUGAGCUUAUUUGUUGAUUUACGUCAAAUCAAGUCGUCGGUAACGAGCCUUUCGGAAAUGGUCGAUAAGAUAUCGAGCUCGGUAUCCAAAGACAUGGGGCGAAAGCAAAGCGUCGAUUCCGCAUUAUUCGGUAAUAUUUACAAGCCGGCAACACUGGGCCUCGGAGUACGAUUCUCCCAGAGCCAAGAAGACAUUCUAGAGAACAUGCCGUCUUCUCGAUUGCGAAGUCAUAUGUCACUGCCCAAUUUAGGAAAAUCGGAAAACGAUAAAUCACGCUACGAUAAGCGAUCUAAAAUAGUUGAAAUCGAUAAUGUUAAGAGUCAAGAUUCAGAAAGACAAGUAAUGCCCGUGUCCACUGAGAAUUUGAAUACCCUCAUAAUUGCUUCAUUAAACAAACGACCGCAUUUUGACGACAGCGGUGAUACUCACCCUAUGGACUUUUUGGAAAACGUCAAAUAUUAUAUAUCGGAGUUAAACAUGCCUGAAGAGAAGCAGCUGCCGUUUAUAACGUCUUGCCUGAGCGGCUUACCUCUUAUGUGGAUACGUUGCUUCAGAACUGACUUCAAAGAUACUAAUGCAUUUUACUCCGCCUUCGAACGAGAAUUUUGGGGUCCCGAAAGACAAAAGACUGUGCUUUACGAUAUGAAGUUGGGGAAAUACGAUGAAAACGAUACUAUGAGCAUGUCCGAGUACUUUUUGUGUAAAGUCUCGAAUUACAAGCAUUUGAGUCCACCGCCUUCAGACCUGGAAAUUAUUUAUUCAUUAGCUGCUCAUUUUCCUUCAGCUGUUGAGCUAGAAAUGCGUUUGACUCCAAAGCCGACGCUACGAGAGGCAUACAGCUUACUUCGACGUAGAGAAGGCGAAGGGAACGAUUUUCUUCCAAACUAUCUAUUUGAAAUGUGCGAAGCCUUUCAACGAGGUCUUCGUCCACAGUCUGCUAGGAAGAACGAUAUGUCGCAAACAGCCUUGCACGACAACGUUGGUAAUUGGACUGAGAGCGACUGCUGGGAAGCUAAACAGAAUGGAAGCCUGUGGUCGGAACAGGUCCGUGUUUGCAGACGACAACCUACCGCGAUGCCGCACGUAGCAGCAGCUGCAAGACUGGCGCGUUCAGCUUGUCUAGCAGCGCAUUCGGGAGAGCGCUGGAACUGCUCCUCUAUAGAACUAGCUCCGAAGUAUUCACCAGAUUUACUUACAGGUACAAGGGAGCAAGCCUACGUAUACGCUAUGUCAGCGGCAGCGUUGUCUUGGAGCGUGGCGCGAGCGUGCGCAUCCGGUGCGCUCGCUGCGUGCUCCUGCGCAGCACCACCCCGGGCACCACCGCGUCCACCGCGUCAGGCUGCACCUCCUGAACCCCACGCGCGUUUCAAAUGGGGAGGAUGCGGUGAUAACUUCCAGUGGGCCGAAAGAUUUGCAAGACAAUUCUUGGACGCACAUGAAAUUGACAUCCGGGACGGAAACGUCGACGAAUUGGAACCAGACCCGACGACAACAGAAGUAACAACGACCACAAUAGAAGCAACACCGCCGCCAGUCGUUAUCUUGGUGGACGACCAGCCUGCUCAACCAAAUCUUACGACAGCGACACCGAAGAGGAAAGGCAGGCGAGGUCGUAAACGUUUGCCGAGAUCGCCAAGAAGGGGCAGACCCACACGGAAACGCUUCAGAGAACGGUACGAAUACGACGACAGAGGCUUCAAACAUCGCAACAUAGAAUAUCGUAUGGCUGCAGACGACCCUCGCUUCGACCCUCAAGUGGAUUUGCAAACUCGGCUCGAACGCUUGCGGCCGCUUAUAGCUUCUGCAAAUUUGAUGAACAACCGAUUCGGCCGGAAAGCUGUAUCGAAUAGUAUGCGAACGAAGUGCACUUGCCACGGUGUGUCAGGCUCGUGUUCGGUUCGAACGUGCUGGCGAUCUCUAGCACCGAUACACCGCGCGGCCGCAGAACUUGCUCGGGAGGCAGCACGCGCGGGGCCUUUGCGGGCCAGACGACGAGCUGCCCGGGCCAAGCCCAGACUGAGAUACGUCACACCGAGCCCAGAUUACUGCGAGCCAGAUACUGCUGCUGGCUCACUGGGGACACACGGACGGAAGUGUAACGUAAGCCUCGGUAGUGCUUCGGGCGGCUGCGGCAGACUUUGCUGUGGUCGUGGUCGUCGCGCGUUGCGUCACAAUAGACUAGAGCGCUGCCACUGCCGAUACCACUGGUGUUGUCGAGUCGACUGCCAACUGUGUCGGGUCACGAGCGAAGAGCACUAUUGUAACUGA